GAACUGCGUUGGGGUGCUGUCACAAAUUUUCACAGAGACUUUGUGUCACUUCUAAUUAAUUAACCCCAUAUGAAACCAAUGUGGGCAACUGAUAUGCCAACACCAAACUUAAUUAAUUAUAAUUCUCUUGCUGACUGCCUUCGUUGAUUCGAACCCCUUUCCCCUAUUUAAACCCAUCCCCACCUUCUUCCCAAAAUCAAAGAACCAACAAUAAACUAGCACCUGCACCCAGCCAAUUCUAUCUUCUUCCCAAGUUCACAAAAAGCUAGCAAAAGCAGCAAAGCUAGCUUGCUAGCCAGCCACCAUUAUUAAUCAACUCAUCCAUCACAUGGAGCUCACCUCCUUAACCUUCAUUCUCUCCUCCUCCUUUCUCCUCAUCUUCCUCUUCCUCACCCUCCUCAUCUACAAACACAAAUCCAAUGCCUCCCACCUCCCCAACCUCCCACCCGGCACCACCGGCCUCCCCUUCAUUGGCGAGAGCCUCGAGUUCCUCUCCACUGGGAGGAAGGGGCAUCCCGAGAAGUUCAUCUACGACAGGAUGGCGCGCUUCUCCUCCCAGGUCUUCAAGACCUCGUUGCUCGGUGAAAGCGCCGCAGUUUUCUGCGGCACUGCCGGCAACAAGUUCUUGUUCUCCAACGAAAACAAGCUGGUCACCGCCUGGUGGCCAAACUCCGUGAACAAGAUCUUCCCUUCAUCUCAACAAACCUCUUCGAAAGAAGAAUCGAAGAAGAUGCGAAAGCUCCUCCCCGGGUUCCUCAAGCCCGAAGCCCUUCAAAGGUACAUUGGCAUCAUGGACACGAUCGCUCAAAGACACUUCGAAGAGAGUUGGGAAAACAAUAAGAACAACGAAGUGGUUGUGUUUCCUUUGGCCAAGAGGUUCACCUUCUGGCUGGCAUGCAGGCUAUUUUUGAGCAUAGAGGAUCCUGUCCAUGUUUCCAAGUUUGCAGACCCCUUCAAUGUUUUGGCUUCCGGGAUCAUAUCGAUACCGAUCAAUCUCCCCGGGACGCCAUUCAACCGCGCGAUCAAGGCGUCAAACUUGAUCCGGAAGGAGCUUCGGGCGAUCAUCAAGCAGCGGAGGAUCGACCUCGCGGAGAAUCGAGCUUCGCCCACGCAAGACAUAUUGUCCCACAUGCUUCUUACUGCUGACGAAGAUGGACGGUUCAUGAAUGAAUUGGAUGUUGCAGAUAAAAUUUUGGGCUUGCUAAUUGGAGGGCACGACACAGCCAGUGCAGCCAUUACUUUUGUCGUCAAGUAUCUUGCUGAGUUGCCUCACGUCUACAAUGAGGUCUACAAGGAACAAAUGGAAAUAGCAAAAGCAAAGGCACCGGGAGAGGUGCUGAACUGGGAAGACAUUCAGAAGAUGAAGUACUCGUGGAAUGUGGCGUGCGAAGUCAUGAGGCUCGCCCCUCCCCUCCAAGGAGCCUUCCGUGAGGCCAUCAAUGACUUCAUCUAUUCUGGUUUCUCCAUCCCCAAGGGCUGGAAGUUAUAUUGGAGUGCAAACUCAACCCACAGAAACCCGGAAUGCUUCCCGGAGCCGGAGAAGUUUGAUCCGUCGAGGUUCGAAGGGAACGGGCCAGCGCCGUACACAUUUGUGCCGUUCGGAGGAGGGCCGAGGAUGUGUCCCGGAAAAGAGUAUGCAAGGCUGGAAAUAUUAGUGUUCAUGUACAAUGUGGUGAAGAGGUUCAAAUGGGAGAAGCUGCUUCCUGAUGAGAAGAUCAUAGUUGAUCCCAUGCCCAUGCCUGCAAAGGGCCUCCCAGUUCGUCUUCAUCCUCACAAACCCUAAAUUUCACCACCAUAUAGCAUGCAUAAUUAUUUAAGCCUACUCUAUCAAUCAUGGAGUGCCUACCCUGCUAUUGUUUUCUCUAUUUGGCUUUAAUUAGUCAAGGUUUUUUUUUAUUUUAAAAAAAAUUUUAAAGUACAUUUCCAUGUUAUAAUCUUUUUAGUAGUUUAAUCACGAGUCUUAUACCUUAAGGUCUCGUGUUGAUAUCUUGAAAUAUAAUAAAAAGAAUUCUAAAA